UUUAACAUCCUUAAACAAUUCCUUGUCUUGAUGGUGCACUGCUUGGCGUUCUUAGAUUAUUAGCAUCAAUUUUGUACGUCCGCCACUCUUCUGUUCUCGUUCUUUGGGUAAAUUCCCUAUUUUACUCACUGUGACGGUGGGUCAGCAGUUAGUUCAUCAAACACAGUACAGUACAUAGCAAAACCUCACAUAGUUAAGUCCGCCACUGCCAACGGACAUUUCGAAGCUCCAUUAAGCUCCUUCUUCUUAGCUCUUAUAAAACAAAUCCAGAACACACUCUCACAGCAAAUUUCUCCAAAAAUGCAAUCUGCAAUCUCUCUGUCGCUCUCCCCUUCUUCGUCGAUCACCAGAUCCGACUGUAGUGUCGCCGCCAAUGCGUAUUUGUGUACUCCGAGAUCUCUCCGAUUUUGCGGUCUAAGAAGAAAAGUGUUUGAAUCCAAGUCGUUCCAUUCGUUGAAGGUUUCGACUCGAUUAGUGCCAUGUUCUCGAGAAUCGAAUUUUAACAAGGUCUGUGCUGCGUUGCAAAGCAAUGGAACGCCAUCCAAGGGAGGAUUUGAUUAUGAUCUCGUGAUUAUUGGAGCUGGUGUUGGUGGACAUGGUGCUGCUCUUCAUGCUGUUGAGAAGGGUUUGAAAACUGCAAUCAUUGAAGGAGAUGUUAUCGGAGGCACGUGUGUAAAUAGGGGCUGUGUGCCUUCAAAAGCACUUCUGGCUGUGAGUGGCCGCAUGCGGGAGCUUCAAAAUGAACACCAUAUGAAGUCCUUCGGGCUACAGGUUGCAGCUGCUGGAUAUGACAGACAGGGAGUUGCAGAUCAUGCCAACAAUUUGGCCUCAAAAAUACGAAGUAAUUUGACAAAUUCAAUGAAAGCUCUUGGUGUUGAUAUUUUGACAGGCACUGGUACAAUUUUGGGUCCACAAAAGUUGAAGUUCGGAAAAGGAGGGUCUGGGGACACGUUCGUAACAGCAAAAGACAUAAUAAUUGCUACUGGUUCUGUUCCCCUUGUGCCCAAGGGAAUUGAAGUUGAUGGUAAUUAUUUGUUCCUUCAUCAUCUUCUAUUUUUAGCAUAUUAUGUAGACGUGCAUCCUUGUGGAAAGCCAGCAUGGAAGUUAUAUUAUGUAGUAAAGGUUACUGUUUGUGAGGAUUUAGUUGCUUUGAUGCAUCUUAAUUCGUGUUUUGAAGAAGAAAAUUUUCCUAUUGCCACCACUGAUUGCAGGAGAAGAUUUCACCGCCCUUCAGAUACUAUAUCUAUACUUUGGCAGCCUCAAGCAAGAGAAAAAGCUGAGAAGGAAGGAUUUGAAAUGAGUAUUACAAAGACAAGUUUCAAAGCUAACACAAAAGCCCUUGCAGAAAAUGAAGGAGAAGGACUUGCCAAGUUAAUUUACAGACCUGACACUGGAGAGAUCCUUGGGGUUCACAUCUUUGGGAUGCAUGCUGCAGACCUCAUACAUGAAGCAUCAAAUGCCAUAGCAAUGGGAACACGUAUACAGGACUUAAAAUUCGCUGUUCAUGCGCAUCCAACACUGUCUGAAGUUCUAGACGAGCUCUUCAAAUCAGCAAAGGUAAGUAGGAUACCCUCACUAGGACCUGAACCAAAGUUCCCUCUCAUUUUUCGCUGGUUAAAGUCAACAGUUCUAGUCCAAUUGCUCAACCAGUUGCGGUCUAGGCUUCUCGAAGUGGUGUAAUUUAUUGAAAUAUGCAGCUUCUCUUUAUUAAGGAGGAAAGCGAGAUAAAAAUGUUAGUUGCCAUAAUCUCUAUUUCGCGAUAUUCAUUUUAACCUCAAGUUAGUGACUCACCUGGACAAUGUGCCUUAGACUUGUAUUCGAGCGUCCCUAGGAGUGCAAUUUUGUUUUUCUUUAGUAUAAAAACCAUCAAGUUUGAUCUUGAAAUUUGUUGACUUUGAAAAGGAAUGAAAUUAUCAAUAAAAUACAGCAGAUAUAACUUUGUAUUUAGCUUA